AUGGAACGGUCAGAUCAGAACAUUCGCAGUACUCGGAGGCGCAGAGCUGACAAAGGCAGGAGAAGUUGGACUAAGCAUGAGGAAGAAAUUCUUAUUGUUGCAUUGAAAGAGAAGAAGGAUUACAGUAGCCUCGUGUCGAUGCUCUCUAAAACGGGCAUUGGCUGGAACGAUUCGACUAAAAUGAUUGAAGCAAGUGAUGAGGCAUGGGCAUCAUAUGUAAAGGUUGAUCAAAAUGCUCGAUUAAUGAGGUAUAAGAGUUGGCCGUAUUAUCUCGAUUGGGCAAAUAUCUUUGGGAAAGACAGGGCAACUGGAGAGUAUGCAGAGGAUAUAGGAAAUGCUGCAAGUCAAGCAGUUAAUGAUGGCACGGGUGUGUUACCUGAUGAAGUUGAAGCGGGAACAAAUUUGGGUGGAGAUGAAUUUGACUGGAUGACGUCUGAAUCAGAAAGUCGUGCUGAAGGUUCCACUUCUACUAUGAAGAGUAAAGGAUCAAAAAGAAAGUCCACACAAUUAAAUGAAGAUAUGAGCUCUGUGUUCCGCGAUUUCUGCACUGAAACUGGGGCACGUUUACGUGAGAUUGCGCAGAAAAUAGGUUACGAAUAUGAUGUUUCGGCUGCUCGGAAAGAAGUGUAUUCUGUAGUGGGGAAGAUCCUGGGCUUAAAUAUGCAAGAGAAGUUGGUGCUAUGUAAGUUGCUUGUCAGAAACACUGAAGACUUGGAACUAUUCUUCAGCUUACCGGAUGAUGCAAAAGCAGAAUUUGCACGAAUGAAGCUAGCUGGUAAUAUUUAG